AUGUUCAGUGAAAGCCAACCUUUCACCCCCAGAGCAGCGUCCGAAUACGCCAAACGCAGCGGAGCAACCCCACUCCAAGUCGCUAUUGAUCUAUGUGCCGGUUCACGCGGCACUGACAGAACAUGGUCUGUGCGAGAACGAGAUUUGGUGGAAAAGCUGGAGUGGCUCGAUCACGUUCAACCACGCAUCCAGGACCUCCAGGUUCGCUGUUGCAUCAUGGUGAAGAUACAUCUUAUCGUGAAUUGGUUCGACUUCCGGCUGCCGACAUUCUUGCAGCUCGAGAAGCUGGCGAUUCGUACAACAACGGACUGUUCGCUCAGUCACGUUGACCUUCCUCCAAGACGUCCUAACCCCACGGCUCUUCCUUGGCACACCCAUGUUACGCCUAACUUGCCACCGCUCACCGCCUUGUGUCUCCAUGAAAUACGACCCAACCUACUUUCGGCUUCUUCGUGGAUGAUGGCUAUUGCGCCUCACUUGCGAAGUCUACACCUGUCGAUUUUCCCCUCCACUAGUUCGGUUCAACUCGGUAAUGAUUCGGUUCGUGGAUUGUACAACCUACCCAAUCGUUGCUCCGCGCUUCGGUAUCUGAAGAUAGCCAAGUUCGACUCGAGCCUUCUCCUUGCCGAGCUGAUCGACCCUGCAUUUUUCCGUUGA